CAUGGGAUCGGUGAUCGGUCUGUCAGCCGCCGCCGCACGCGCCCGCAGCUCAUCGGUUUUCCUGACUCUCGGUUUUUGUUCGAAGGGCUCUGACUUUCAGUUCGCUUUGUUUUUCAUGUAGGCUGCAGAGCUCGGGACGCCGCCGCAGCUGAUUCACACCGGUUUCUGCUCGAUUUGGGCUUUUUGUGUUCGUGCGCUCUCGGAUCUUCGACUCCCGAUGCAAAGAGGCGUGAUGGAGAAAAUGUCCCGGCAUCCCAUCCCGCUGAAUCCGAGUUUCCUGCCUCCGGCGACGCACGGAGUCCUGAAGUCUCUGCUGGAAAACCCGAUGAAGCUGCCGCUGCAUCAUGAAGCUUUCAGCAAGGAGCAGGAGAAGGAGAAGAACCUGGAGGAGGAGCACAGCACCCCCCAGUCAGCCUUCCUGGGCCCCACACUGUGGGACAAGACCCUCCCCUAUGACGGAGACACCUUCCAGCUGGAGUACAUGGACCUGGAAGAGUUCCUGUCUGAGAACGGUAUCCCCUCCAGCCCCUCCCACCACCACCACCACCACGACCAGCAGCAGCCACACGCUCCGCCACGCCAGCCGCCAAUCAUGCCCCCAGCCCCACCCACGCCAGCACCAUCAGUGAUGGACCUCAGCAACCACGCCUCCACCUCCAUAAACACGAGCGUCGUCUCCCCGAACUGCCUGCACAGCAGCCCUGCAAGAGCAGGUCUCCCAAACUCCAGAAACACUCCCAGCCCCAUCGACCCGGACUCCAUCCAGGUCCCAGUUGGGUACGAGCCCGACCCAGCAGACCUGGCUCUGUCCAGCGUUCCGGGCCAGGAGAUCUUCGACCCACGCAAACGCAAGUUCUCGGCCGAGGAGCUGAAACCUCAGCCGAUGAUCAAGAAAGCUCGCAAGGUCUUCAUCCCGGACGACCUGAAGCAGGAUGACAAAUACUGGGCCAGGCGCAGGAAGAACAACUUGGCAGCGAAGCGGUCCCGGGACGCGAGGCGGCUCAAAGAGAACCAGAUCGCCAUCCGAGCCGGCUUCCUGGAGAAGGAGAACUCGGCUCUGAGGCAGGAGGUGGCCGACCUGAGGAAAGAGCUCGGACGCACCAAGAACAUCCUGGCCAAGUACGAGGCCCAGCACGGGCCGCUGUGAGGACACACACACACAAAUACACACACACACACGUAUACAAAAGAAACACACUGAGAAAGAUGACCCCACCUUCAGCUGAUCCACCAGUGACCCCAUUUCACCUGUCCCCCACAAACACAGUCCUGACGACUCGACUCACAGCAGGUAAAGAGUUAACACUUCAGAAUAUGUGUCAGCUUUUCGUUUUUCGAGUCUCAGCUCUGACCUCGUCUCACCGCGGACCACCGAGACGGUUCAGACCCUGAAGACCUGAUGAAUGAAAACAUGGACAGAAACCCUCAGUGUGUUCGUCCGUCCCUCAGCACCUUCCCUCCUCUGUCUGAGGCUCUCUGCUCUGAGCCCGUUGGUUCCUACUGACGACGUCAGUCUUUAAAAACCUCACAGACGAACUUUCAUUUAACAACAAGACACUGAAGGUUUGAACAAACGAUAAGUGAACUGAAGGAAGCAGGGACGGUGUCGGGGACUGUUUCAUUAAUCCACGUUUGGUGCUUGGUGUGUGUGUGCAUGUGUGUGUGUGUGUGUGUGUGUGUGUGUGUCAGGAUAAACUGCAGUGUGUGUGUUGAUGGUGAUGAUGGAACAUGUGACCCAGUGGAACAGUGUGGAUCAGUGAUGUGUUUCAUUGGUUUUAGGAAACAGUGGAGCUCUGUGGCUCAGAGGGAUCAGGCUGUGACACACACACACACACACACAGACACACAAACACACACCUCCUCAUGGACUCCUCCUCAGUUCCCUCAAAGCCCAAACUGCCACCACGUCAGCCCGCCUGAUGUCUGACCUUUGACCUUCCUUUCCCAGCCUGUGGUGACGGCACUUUAUAACUACCGAUGCCUCGCUCUCUGCCAGCCCCUCACAGACUCCGCCCCUGCAGGUGUGUCCCCACAGUGCACCUGUUCACAUGUACAUACCUGCCUUUGUUCUGCUCCUGACGACUCUGUAUAUGAAAGUGUCCCGCCUCCUGCCGUCUCCUGUCGGCUAAUCAGCAUCUGUUGUCGUGGUUUGAAUUUUUUUCUACCUGGACGGGUUCCCGCCUUUUUGGGGCCCUAAGUUUUAGACGCACUCGCUGAUUUUGACGUAGUUCCGUAAAAUGCCAAGAAAAAUUUAUAGCGUUUUUUAUAAUCUGCAAAAUGUAUUUGUUAUAAUCCCCAGAUCUGCUGUAACCACAUCAGGGAGUGCAUCUUUAAAUUCUUCAUUGUGACAAAAUCAGAUAGGAACCCAAAGAGAGUCCAUGUUUUCAGAUUGUUUCUGGGGCCCCCUGGUGGCCGGGGGCCACAUCAGGUGUUAUUUUCUGCACAAAGCGUGACGCGUCAGGUGACAUCACAGCUAAUGUCACACAGUGUUACAGAGGCAGCAAUGAAGGAAGAGCUGAUUUUGUUUGUUUGUUUGUUUGUUGUGUUUUUGCCUCGCGCUCUCAGACCUGUCAGCAGACGAGUCGAAGCCCCUCUGAUGUGCGGACGGUAACACGGUAACACGUGUCCUGGUCCGAGCGGAUUAACGGACGGUGAAUUUGUUUAUGUGCUGCUGCUGCUGUUGAGUCCGUGCGUCGGCUUUUUGCUGUGAAUGUUGUAGAAACGUUGUUGAAGCGCUGGAGGUGGUACAGUAUUUAUCAAACUGUUCAGCAGAGUCUGAACAUCUGGAUUCACCAUAGAAACCCAACCUGCUCCUUCGGUGUAACAGAUGAUUCUGUUCCACUUUGGCAUGAACUUUAUUUUUAUUUUUCUCUCCGUCCUAUUUCCCGGUGUCGCUCAGCAGUGAGUGCGCCCCCCGGUGGCCGAGUGAGACAUGAAUGUAUAUUUGAAACUGUUGAGUGGUGUUGUCUUAUACUGUGGAACCACUUUAGUACUCUUUACUACAGACCAAAAGAAAACAGUAUAUAAAGGAUAUAUUGAUAUAUUAAAGGUUUUAAUGUUUAUACAGAGCUUAUUCUUAUUGUUUUUUGUACAGUCUGUUUUCCUACAUAGAUAUUUCCUGUGUAUUUUGGAAAGAGUUACAUGAAUAUAAGCAGUAUAUUAAACAUAUUAAUAGAAAUAUACUCAGAAAUAUUACCAAAACAGCGUGUCCGCCCCGUGUGGGCCGUGCAUGGGCAUUAUGAAAAUCCCCUGAGCUGCGUUGUGUCCGAGCCUUUCCUCCCUGCGUAGUUGAAAUACCUCAACCCCACCCCCCACCCCACCCGAAUCUCUGAACCCCCAGCACACCUGUGCAGGUGCCACAUCAGCUGAUUCAGUUCCAGGGUUUGCACCAGGUGCUCGGCUGCUCCACUUUGAUUUAUCUGCGAGGACUCGGCUCCUCCGUAUAGAUGCUUGUGUUUGUAUAGUUUCAUGGCUACGUUUAGCCCAGAGGAAUGUAUCCACCCGACCUGAAGCACUUGUUCCUUUUGUUUGCUGUGAUUUAUCUCCUGCAUCCUGGUGUUGGGUUCUCUCUGCAGCUCUGCUCUGUUUGAUUCUGUGUUCAAAGAUAUUUUUCCUAUAUUUGUCCUUGAUUAUGUUUCUCAUGAUCAAAAUAAUAAUGAAUAAAUAAAAGUUCAAAUAAA